CCCUGAACAAUUGUACCGGGAUGGCAGUGGUAGCAAAAGCCCUGAACAAUUGUACCGGGAUGGUGGUGGUAGUAAUACGGGCAAAAGCUCUGAACAAUUGUACCGGGAUGACAGCGAUAGUAGUAAUACUGAAUAUCCGCAAUCAGAACAAAACCCAGUCCUUGCUGAUAUUACAGACCAGCAUUCUAAUAUUACACAGCAUAAAGUAAAAUUAGUUGAUUUUAAAGUUGGUGAUUUGGUUCGCGUUAGUGUUUCAAAAAUUAAUCGAUUUGGCACCAAUCGCCCCGCACUCCCCUGCAAAAUAAUAGAAAAAGUUGGAGAGCAAUAUCGCUUAGAAUGUAAAUUUGGUAUACUUAACGUUUGUUAUUCAUCAGGUGAACUCGAAGCACUUGGUACUACUAUCUAUCCUGAACUCGACAAGAUCCCAUCAGAUAAAUUGUCUGUUCAAGAAGUGGCAAGGCUUCAAAGUAUUAUGACCGAGGUGCGUCAGGUGACAACAGAGGCACCUCAAGUAAUCGAUCGACAG